AUGAAGAACUUUACCUUGAUAACAGCUUUAAGUCUCUGCAGCUUCAGCUGGAUCUCUGUCUCAGGUUUUGACUUUGAGACUGUGGAGGUCCAGGCUGGUGGAGAAGUCGAACUGCAGUGCUCCAACUUUUCAAGUUCUCUUAGUCAGAUAAUCUGGUUCAGAGUGGUCAAGAGACACCCAACCCGCCAGAUCGCCUACAUCUACGAGCCUUUUGAGCCGACUAAAUUCCCUGAUGGAUUUAAAAAUGGAAAAUUUGAAGUGAGAUCCAACCUCUGUUCUGUUUUUCUCAACAUCAAACAAGUGAAUUCAUCUGACUCCGGUCUGUAUUUCUGUGGAUACUACAUCAGCAGAAACCCUGUUAUUGUUGAUUCAACAUAUUUAGAGGUUCAAGAAGCGUUUGAUGGAAUGACAAAGCUGCCGACUCUGAUCCUGUCCGGUCUGACUGUUCUCCUUGUUAUGGUCAUCAUGUGUCUGGCUGUUAAAGUCAAAAAGCUUCAGAAAACUCAUGGUGAAGAACACAAUCCACAACGGACAAAGAACCAGGACUCAGAGGAACUCCACUACGCAGCAGUGGCUUUUCAGCCAAAAACUAAACGAAACCAGCGGCCUGCAUCAGAGAAUGAAGCGGAGACAAAUACUAUUUAUUCAGCAACCAGAUAG